CAAACAUAAAUAUAAGUAUUUCCUCUACCUAAAAUUUUGUGAUCAAACAAGAAUCAAGCAAAAAAAAAAUAAUGAUGGAAGGCAGGGCUGUGAUUUUAAGUGUGGUCAUAAUGACUCUCCUCAUGGGUCAAAUUCAAGCAGAACCAACGCUCUGCUGCCCGAACCUGAGUGCCAGAACUGCCUAUAUAACAUGUCGUAUGGGUGGAGCCUCGGAUGCAACUUGCCUAACACGGACAGGAUGCAUUGGUGUUUCUGGAGAUACUUGUCCUCCAGGAUAUCCUGAUGACAUUCUCAAAAACCCUGGUGAUGCUGUCAAUGAGUACUGCAAGUUGGGGUGUGCAUUCUCUGUGUGCGGUGCCAUGACCGCUCUCAAGAACUCAGACGCAAAUGGAAUUUGGAAUGGAGCGGCCGAACAAUGCACCAAUGCAUGUUCUACUUUGUGCAACAAGGGCUCUCUUACAACAGUUAAAAGUGCCUAAACAAGCAUAUCCAAAUAUAUAUUACACCUAUGUGUUUGUUUCCCUUGUUUUUAAUGUUGUCGUGUACGCGACAAAAAUGCUAAGACACUCGUCCUAAUAUUUGAAUAAGUUGUUGCUGGUUUAUGUGUGUGUUGUAGAAGGAUGUCGAACCCAGAUUGUAUAUGCCUUCUAUUUCCUCUU